UGCAGCCGUGCCUGACGCUGCUUUUACGCGCAGAUUGAAUGAAAAGGGAAAAGGUAGAAGCACUUCAGUGUGUUGCGAUGAAAACAAAGUGGCAUCUCUGUAUUUUGUGGAUUGUUUUAUCACUCGGCAUCCUCAGUUGUUCGGCGGACACUUCUCAAUCUCCAUUUACUAAAAGCAAAAAACUUUUCAGACUGGGCACACCGAAGUCCAAACCAACCAAAGUCGGCAGAAAAUCCUCCCUCAGGUCAUCUUCUGUCACAGCUCAUUUGUCUCGGUUCAGCUCCCAAAGGCCCUCCCAGACUACAACAACGAGACCCAUGCGCUCAAAGGAGUACAAAGGAAAGAUCCAGUCUGGUUUUGCUUACCUUCCAGACGUCUCUGUCACCUGCUCCUCGUCGGACUUUGUCGUACGGGUAAAACCGACUUUCUACGGUCUGGGCGCGGGGGCAGAGGAGCUGAAGCUGGGCAGCUCCUGCAGAAGCAACGGGAUCCUCAGACCAUACGGUGACCUGAUCUUCACGUAUCCUCUGAUGGCGUGUGAUGCUGUGCGUCAGUCUCCCCCUGGUUUUCUGGUCUACAAAUUCGUCCUCCACUAUGAACCCUCGCCUAAACGUUUCCCAAGCAGAGCGCACAGGAUGGAUGUCAACAUUGAAUGCCGUUAUCAGAGGAACCAUCAUGUGUACCAGCUGACCGUGAAGCCAACAUGGGAAACUGCUGUCAUGCGUAAAAGGCUGAAAGGAAGUCCAGAUGACUUCCGCAUGGAGCUGAUGGAUGAUUCCUGGAAUGGGCCUUCAGAGUCCCAGGAGUACCAGCUUGGAAAAACGAUCAAUUUCCAGGUGUCUGCUCCACACAUCCCAAUGGAAGGGAAACUGUACAUCAAUAGCUGCUAUGCGACCCCCUCCACUGGCUCCAAAUCAACCCUCAAAUACACCAUCAUCGACAACUUUGGCUGUAUGAUGGACAGCAAGAGAGAUCCAGGAGCCUCUCAGUUCAUUUCUCGCACAGACAAAACCCUGAGAUUCUCCCUUAAGGCUUUCCAGUUCACUUCUGACCCGGACACAGAGGUCAGCGUUCACUGCAAACUGAUCGUGACCAGUGAAGAUCCCAGUCCUGCUCACAAAUCCUGCACUUAUAGAGGGGACAGGUGGACGGCUCUGAGUGGUGACGACUCCGUCUGUGAAUGCUGUGAUUCACGAUGUGGGACCUUGAAAGCUCACAGGGCAAUGAUUGAAGGCUCAGCCAGCAGUGGGUCUUUGCUGGUGUCAGAUCAGCCUUACACAGCAGAAGAUGGUUUUCUACCGAUCAGAACUUCCUCUGUCAGCAGGAAGCAAGGCAGCGAGGCUAUAAUUAGUCAUUACAUCAAUGAGCUGAACAGCCAAGAGGAGCUGCUGGAGAGUGUGGAUGUUAAGUAUGACGAAGAAGAGGAAGACUACACAGAUGAUGAAGAGGAAGGUGGGGUUAUCCUAGGAGGGAUGGCUAAACCUGAUGCAGAAGAGUCCGGGUUUAUGGAGAGGUUCUUAUGGGAGCCUGUGGUGAACCAGUCAGUUAUGUUUGAGGAAGGAUCUGGGUACUUGGAAGAUGAUUUUUCAGAAAGUGAAGACAAGGAAGGAAAAGAAGAGACGAUCUCUGACCAGGAAGAGCAGACAGUUCCUUCAAAGGCUAACGUACAAAGAGAGUUAGAGCAGCCAUAUUGGUCUGAGGACGAGCAGAAGAACAGGAGGCAUGCAGACCAAGAUGAGAAGGAGGACGGGAUGAUCACCUCUGAGGUGGAGAAGAGAGGUUUAGUAGGUGGUAAAGAGCAAACCUGGUAUUUCUCAUGGAGGUAGCAUCAGCUCAGAGGAUCCUUUAAUAUGUUUUUCUGCUUUAAGAUUGUAACUCUCUAACAGGAAUCUCACUUCAAUAAAAACAUAAAAUGCAAUAAUUUA